AUGACAGAUCUUGGUCUUAUGACCUAUUUUCUUGGAAUGGAGAUCAAGCCAAGCAAAAGUGAAGUGUUCAUUUGCCAGAAGAAAUACGCAAAGGAAAUUCUGAAGAAAUUUCAAAUGGAGGAAUGCAAGUCGAUGAGCAAGCCGAUGAAUCAAAAAGAGAAGCUGUGUAAAGAAGAUGGAGCCGACAAAGUUGAUGAAGGUUAUUAUAGAAGCUUGAUUGGAUGCUUAAUGUAUCUCACUGCAACAAGGCCUGAUAUUUAUUUGUUAGCAGCAAAAAGAAUAUUAAGAUAUAUCAAAGGUACUAUUGACUAUGGUGUAAAGUUUGAGAAGUGUCCAAGCGUCAAGUUACUUGGAUUCUCAGAUAGUGAUUGGGCUGGAUCCGCAGAUGAUAUGAGAAGUACCUCUGGCCAUUGUUUCAACCUAGGUUCAGGAAUAUUCUCAUGGUCAUCUAAGAAACAGGAAAUUGUUGCACAAUCAACUGCAGAAGCUGAAUUCAUAGCAGCAACAGAGCAGUAA